AUGACACCAAUAAUGCAAAUUUUGGAACUGACGCAGAGAAUUCUAACUUCUCGAAAAAUAUUAAAGCAGCAUUUGGAAUCAUUUUUCCACCAUUUUCACAAAGAUAAAAUUGUUUAUAAAACGGAUUAUGAUGGAAACCCAGAUUCAGCCAAUUGGGUUGAUGUUAGUGAAGCUAGAGGUGCCUACUCAAUAAGUUCCGGGAAACUAAAGGCUAUAUUGCACAAACCUGUGGGAGAUCAGCAUAGAGCGAAAGACGAAGAUGGUCCUUACAAUAAAAAUUUAGGAAAAGGUCUCUCUAUGAAUAGCACUUAUAUGAUGCUAUAUGGUACAGUUAGCGUCGAAAUGAAGGCCUGUGGUGUUGGUGGUGUUGUUACAGCUUUAUGUACAAUGUCCAAAGAAGGUGACGAAAUCGAUUGGGAAACCGUAGGAAAAGACAUAAAACAUGCCCAAACGGACUUUUUUUACCGAGGUUUUCACAAAACUGGAGUUGAUGGUGUCUUUCAUUCGUUUCCUGAUGGUGGGACUAUUGACUCUGACUUUCACACAUACACGAUAAAUUGGGGUCCAAAAAAAAUUAAAUGGUUAAUUGAUGGUAUUACAGUUCGUACCUUGGAAAGAUCUUCUACAUUCGAAGAUGGUAUAUAUAAAUAUCCAAGUAAACCUUCAUAUAUUACAUUGAGUCUCUGGGAUGGUAGUGGGGGUAAUGGAACGGCUCAGUGGUCUAAUGGCCCUAUCAAUUGGAAGAAAAGUCCUAACAUUCCUCCGGGUGUAAAAAUUCUCCAACCUAAAGCGGGUGCCAAAUUUAAUCAAGGUCAGCAUGAAAUUGUCGUGGAAUUUGAAACGGACGGAAUCAUUCAAAAUUUCACUAGCACUCAGCUUAACUUAGGAUUUGUAGGAAUUAAACAACGAUUUGCAGCCAAUCUUAUCUUUCCAAACAACAAAAAUAAUACAUUCAAAUACACUUAUACAUUACUCGACUCUCUUACUACAUAUGUUAGUUAUGCUUGUUUGAUAUUAUAUACAAAUAAUACUGGAAACGCUGAUAGUGCUGUCUCAGCGACAUUUCCAAUUGGACAAGUUAACGGCAAUGUCAUCAUCAAUAACCCAUCUAAUGCCGAAUAUAAAGUUGGUGCUAACAUUUUUAUGUAUAUUCAUAACCAAACUACGAAUGACAUUGUCGCCUUUGCAUCAAAUGCAUUUACUGUUUCUGAUCUUUCUGAUAAUUCUAAUCAUUCUGAUAAUUAA